CAAGGUGGCUGCGGAGCUCGGCGCCGGCCGCGCGGCGGGAGGGCGGGCGGGCGGGGGCGGCGGCGGCGCGGCGGGACCGGACCGGACCUUCCCCUCGGCGCUGGCACCAUGAUGGUGGGCAGGACCAGCGCCAUCGCGGCGGGCCUUUGCGGCGCCCUCUUCAUCGGUUACUGCAUCUACUUCGACCGCAAGAGACGGAGCGACCCGAAUUUCAAGAACCGGCUGCGGGAGCGAAGGAAGAAACAGAAGCUUGCCAAAGAGAGAGCAGGGCUUUCCAAGUUGCCUGAUCUGAAAGAUGCUGAAGCAGUUCAGAAAUUUUUCCUUGAGGAGAUUCAGCUUGGCGAGGAACUACUAGCUCAAGGUGAAUAUGAGAAAGGUGUUGAUCACUUGACCAAUGCCAUUGCUGUGUGUGGACAGCCGCAGCAGCUACUACAAGUUCUACAGCAGACUCUUCCACCACCGGUGUUUCAAAUGCUUCUAACUAAGCUCCCUACAAUAAGCCAGAGAAUUGUAAGUGCACAGUGCUUGGCUGAAGAUGAUGUUGAAUGAGGUCACACCACAACAGGGGGAAAAAAUGUUUUCUUACCCCAGAAGAUGAGCAUCAGUAGGGGGAUAAAGGGGCAAACAUAGUAGUUAAUGGACUGUGUACCACAUCGGGUUCUACCAGAGUUAAAAUUAACUUUGUGUAGGUGGGUUUCACAGGAUUUUAUUUAUUAUCCCAGUGAAAAGUGUAUUUUGAUAAGAAUUCAUUUUAUAAAUACACUGUGGUGAGUUAUCAAAGUAUCACUAACUUCAUUAUUAUUAAAAUAUGCAGUUGUAAUGUUGUACAUAUAAAGACAUAAAACUACGACCUAUUAGAAACCCAAUGCUCAUUUUUGAAAAAACGAAGUUAUGGCAAUAAAGAUUUAUCUGCACUUGUGUGUCCCUAUAGUACUACUUUAAAUUUCAGAACGUUUGGAUGUCAGAGCAAUUGAUCUAAAAAUGACUUAACAUUAAAAUUUAUUUUUAAUGUUA